AUGGACGCUAGACAUUCUUCACCAGAGACUCCAGACACCGAGAAAGAUCGCCCGGUGAUCGACCUGGAGGAAAUUGGGGAACGCGAAGGCUAUAUGCUUUACACGUCGCGUACCCAGAAUCAGAACCUAAAAACCACAGAUGAUGGCCAGACCGUGCUCAUCCCGCAGCCCACAAACUUUCCUCAUGAUCCGCUUAAUUGGUCGCCGUUCAGGAAGAAUCUUAUUCUUUUCGUUAUUUCGGCGACUGCGUUUCUGCCGGACUAUGGAAGUGCUACGGGUGCGGUUACGCUUAUCCAGCAGGCUAAACAGUGGAAUAUGACAGAAGACCAUGUCAACCACUCACAGGCUGGUAAUAUCUUUAUGCUGGGUGUCGGUGGUCCCGUCGUUGUCGCUCUGUCUGCAUACUUCGGUCGUCUUCCGGUGCUGUUUUAUUUUGUGCUGUUGGCACUUGCUACCGCAAUCUGGUGUACUGCAGCGCAAUCGUUCGAGUCAUUCAUGGCUGCCCGGAUCCUGAAUGGAUUUUUCUCCACGGUUGCACAAGGCGGUGGCCUCAUGUUCAUCAAAGACAUGUUCUUCCUGCAUGAACAGGCUCGCAAAAUUAACAUCUGGUCCGGGUCAAUCAUCCUCUCGCCCUAUCUGGGCCCAAUGUUCGCAGCCUUCAUAACCAACACCCAAAUCUGGCAGUGGGCCUUCGGUCUAUACAGCAUCGAAACCGGUCUCUGUCUAAUCACCAUCAUUCUCUUCGUCGAGGAAACAUACUACGAUCGCAAAAAUCAUCAACCAGAACUCAUCCCCGACGCCCCACGAUGGAAACGCAUGCUGGGCAUCCAGCAACGGCGGAGCGGGUACAUCAUCAACACCCCAAAAGACGCAAUUAUGCGUCCCAUCACCGUAAUCAUGAAACCGGUAGUACUGCUAUCCACAAUUUACUACAUGCUUACAUUCGCCUGGGUGGUAGGCGUCAACACAACACUCUCCAUCUUUGUAGGCCCAUUAUACGGCUUCGGUCCUAAGCAAAUCGGCUUCUUCUACUUCACCCCAGUCAUAGCCGCCAUCCUCGGCGAACUAACUGGCCACUGGCUCCACGACUACCUCGCAAAACUGUCCACAAAACGCAACAAAGGCCGUCUAGAGCCCGAAGCACGUCUCCUCGCUAUCUGGUUCGCAACUCCCUUCAUCCUAGCCGGGAUAAUCCUACUCGGCUUCGCCCUCGAAGGAGCAUAUCACUACAUGCUCACUGCACUGGGAUGGGGGUUGUACGUCUUCGGCGUCAUGAUCGUUACCGUCGCCAUAAAUGCCUACGUCCUUGAUAGCUACCCGGAGGCUAGUGGGGAGGUUGCCGCGUGGGUUAACUUUGGACGCACGACUGGUGGGUUCAUUGUUAGUUAUUUUAUGGUUGAGUGGGCGAAGAAACAGGGUGCUAGGAGGCAGUUUGGGACUAUGGCGGGGAUUGUGGUUGGGGCGGUUUUGAUUGUGUUGCUGUUGCAGGUUAAGGGGAAGGGCAUGAGGGGAUGGGCUGGACCGGUGAAUUUUAAGACAGGUUGA